AUGGACAACAGAAAUGCCCAGGUGUACAUGGAGAGUAGGAUCAAGGCCCCAGGGGCCCGGCCAGGUCCUGGCCUGAGGACUGCCAGCAAGAGAGCUGGUGUUGAGCCCAUCAGAUCAGUGGUUAGCCAGGUGGUGUUUCCAGAUGCUGUCAGGAUGAGCAGCAGGAAGCAGCCCUUGUCAGCUCCGGGAGGGCCAGAGAAGGGGCCUGGACACAGAGAAGCAUCAGAGGAGGGGCCUGCAGAGGUCAGGACCCAGGAGCAGAGGCAUCUGACGGGACCAGGGGAGAAGCGGUCACCUCGGGGCCCCCAGGAGGGGCCCGGGGAGCCGCAAGCGGGCCAGGACCAGGCCACGCCAGGAAGUGAGCUGGGGAUGCUGCCUUCCGGGGUCCCUGCAGCACAUGCAGGGAUGAAGCAGCUGGGCUCAGGGAAGGAGACUGAGGAUGAGCAGAGGGGACAGCAGACCCCGGGGACGGUGGAGGGUGAGGCCCCCAAGAGCUGCCAGCAGGGCCUGGAGUGUCAGCCUACCCCAGGUCACCAGGCAGCGGAGGAGUCAGACAUGGAGCCGCCAGCAGAGCCCUGCUGCCCCUUGGACAGCUGUGGACAGCAGCUGGGAGACAAGCCCCCCAGAGAGGCAGGCGCUCCACACAUCCGGCCACGAGGGGCUCUGCCGGAGUCCGGCCCAGGGGGAUAUGAAGACAGUUCCCAGGAAGCCAUGCCCCUAAUGCCUGCAGCAACUCUGGAGGAAAAGAAAGCCAACUGCUUCCCGCCAUCCAUGCCAGCGCCAAACACACCCAAAGAAGGGGGCCGGGCUGUGGAGACCCAGCCGGCAGCAGGGCCUGAUCCUCCACCGGCGAGAAGCAUCAAACGAGAAGAACGAUACGUGCAUCUUCCCACCCCAACCCCACCACCCCCGCCUUCCACGGGUUACAGUGGAAGCCGUGAAGAUAGGUCCUUGCCCCCACCCACGGCUGGCCCCUGA